AUGAGGGUACGGUUGAAUGGCGGCCGUGGUUUUUGCGGGGGGUUGUUGGUUUUGGUUAGUGUCUUGGGGAUGUUGGUGGAGAAUGUGGUGGUGAGCACGCCAGUCGGUGCUGGGAGCAGGAAUGGGAUGCAGUUUAUUACGAAUAAGAAGCGGUACUACGAUUAUGAGGGUUCUUUGGUGCGUGGGGUGAAUAUUGGUGGAUGGCUACUUCUUGAGCCAUAUAUCACUCCGUCGAUUUUCGAGACAUUCCGUACGAACGAGGAGAACGAUGAUGGGAUACCGGUGGACGAGUACCACUUCUGCAGCUACUUGGGGCAGGAGGUGGCCAGGGACCGGUUGGUUGCGCAUUGGGAGACCUUCUACAAGGAGGAGGACUUCCAUAAUAUUGCGGCGGCCGGGUUGAACUUGGUGCGGAUUCCGAUUGGGUAUUGGGCGUUUGAAACUUUGGACAGUGAUCCGUAUGUGAGCGGAUACCAGGAGGGGUACUUGGACCAGGCUAUUGAGUGGGCCAGACGUGCUGGGUUGAAGGUGUGGGUUGAUUUGCAUGGGGCUCCAGGGUCGCAGAACGGGUUUGAUAAUUCCGGGUUGCGUGGUCAAGUUCAAUUUUUGGAGGGGGAGAAUUUCGAGUUGCUCAAGCGGGUGGUGCGGUAUGUCAUGGAGAAGUAUUCCAGGGAUUACUAUUCAGAUGUUGUUAUUGGGGUACAGGUUCUCAACGAGCCGCUUGGUACUGCGGUGGAUAUGGGCAAGGUCAAGGAGCUCUACUACUAUGCGUACGAUACUUUGAGGAAUGAGAUGGGCAGGGACCAAAUCAUGGUGAUUCACGAUGCGUUUAUGGCUCCCCAUUACUGGGAUGACCAGUUCACUCUGGAGGGCGGCUACUGGGGGGUGCUGGUGGACCACCACCACUACCAAGUUUUCUCCCCUGGGGAGGUUUCAAGGUCUAUGGAUGAGCAUUUGCAGGUUGCCUGUGCGUUAAGCAUCGACAAGGUCACGGAGGGCCACUGGAAUGUUGUUGGAGAGUGGUCAGCCGCGCUAACGGACUGUGCCAAGUGGUUGAACGGUGUAGGCGUGGGCUACCGCUGGGAUGGUACGUACAGUCCCGGCUCCACCGCGUUUGGGUCAUGUGAGCACAACGACGAUAUCUCGCGUUGGAGUCCCGAGAGGGUAGCUAACACUAGGCGGUACGUCGAGGCCCAACUGGAUGCGUUCGAGGUUCGCGGCGGCUGGAUUUUCUGGUGCUACAAGACAGAGUCUGCGAUUGAGUGGGAUUUACAACGCUUGCUCUACUACAACUUGUUCCCACAGCCACUCUCUGAUAGGCAUUACCCCAACCAGUGCAGUAACUAUUAG